CCCUCUCCCCGAAGGCCCCGUACCAGCCUUGUCGCACCGGGGCGCUUGGUGCCGGCAGGAGCGCGGAGGAGGAAGCGCGGCGGAACGGCCUUGGCCGGGUUCGGGUUUCCGCGCGCACGCGGAGCCUUUUUGGUCACGGCCCAGGGGACCCGGAGCGCUGAGGAGGACGAACCGCAGAGGUUGUCUGAAGGCCGAGGCCAAGAUGGCGGCGCUGGCGGCUCCCAGCCUCCUCUGUGUCCGGAUGCUCAGCCUGCGCUCCAGCAUGGGUGGAAUUAUGCAGACACAAGGUGUCCAUCAGAACCUGGCCAGCAAGGGCCCCAGCAGUGCCCAGCCUGCCCUGCCCAGGGACAGAACCGUGAUUCCAAAACCCACCGAACUUCCCAGGAGCCGCGGGGAGUACGUAGUGGCCAAGCUGGACGAUCUCAUCAACUGGGCCCGCAGGAGUUCACUGUGGCCCAUGACCUUUGGCCUGGCCUGCUGUGCGGUGGAGAUGAUGCACAUGGCUGCGCCCCGCUAUGACAUGGACCGCUUUGGAGUGGUCUUCCGCGCCAGCCCCCGUCAGGCGGACGUGAUGAUUGUGGCUGGCACACUCACCAACAAGAUGGCCCCAGCACUCCGCAAGGUCUACGACCAGAUGCCAGAGCCCCGCUAUGUGGUGUCCAUGGGGAGCUGUGCCAAUGGAGGCGGCUACUACCACUACUCAUACUCCGUGGUGAGAGGCUGUGACCGCAUUGUGCCUGUGGACAUCUACGUGCCAGGCUGCCCGCCCACAGCUGAGGCCCUGCUGUACGGCAUCCUGCAGCUGCAGAGGAAGAUCAAGCGGGAGAAGAGACUGAAGAUCUGGUACCGCAGGUAGCGCCCCUGCAGCUGCGGGAGCCCUGUGUACACCAGUGUCCUGAGACUGAAUAAACCCCUGAGCCCA